CGAACCAACCCCACCGAAACAGCAACUCUCCUUUGAAGCUCUCAACGUCAGUCUCUCUCUCUCUCUGCCAUGCGAGUAGACCAACCAACGUUGGAGUUUCCGCCAUUUGUUUCUUCGUUCAGCGCCAGAGCCCUAGUAGUAGUGUCUUCUAUCCUUCCUCCUCCCUCGCUGUCUCUCUCUCUCUGAGCUGUAAAAAUGGCGUCGACGGCUCUGUCGCACACUCUUCCCUCUCCUCUCACCAAUUCCCACUCGUCAAACUCUCGGCGAUCACACGCCGUCUCUCUGGCUCUGGCUCUGCCUCCAGCCUCUGCGUCCAUUUCCAGAUCUCUCCUUCUUCCCGCCCAUUCCAAUCAGAACCGCCGCCUUUCUUUAACCCGCUGUUCUGCAAAUGACAAUGAAGCUACAAGCAAAGACCUUCCCAUCGAACUCAAGUUUCCAGCCUAUCCCACCGUGUUGGAUAUCAAUCAGAUCCGCGAGAUUUUGCCCCACCGAUUUCCAUUUCUGUUAGUGGAUAGAGUGAUUGAGUACAAUCCAGGAGUUUCCGCUGUCGCUAUUAAAAAUGUGACUAUUAACGAUAACUUCUUUCCUGGACAUUUUCCUGAGAGGCCUAUUAUGCCCGGUGUCCUCAUGGUUGAGGCAAUGGCACAGGUGGGUGGGAUUGUUAUGCUGCAGCCAGAAGUGGGGGGAUCUCGCGAAAACUUCUUCUUUGCUGGAAUUGACAAUGUCAGAUUCCGAAAGCCAGUCAUUGCUGGUGACACAUUGGUGAUGAGAAUGACGCUCGUCAAGCUGCAGAAACGCUUUGGAAUAGCAAAAAUGGAAGGGAAGGCAUACGUUGGAAGCGAUGUGGUAUGUGAAGGUGAUUUUUUGAUGGCCAUGGGAGGCUAACAAUGCCUUCAACUGAGUUUCAAUAUUUUGCAGUCCCUUAUUGUCUUACCUCUCUCGGUGCCCUUUCUUUACAUACCCUGGUGGCAGUGGCAAAACUUAUAGCAUUAGUUCUUUGCUGUGUGUAUCCUGGGGAGAAGAUGGCCAUGUUUGUUCUUAAUGGCCUCAUUAAGGUGGUGGUGUUCACAUAAAAGUAUGGUAGUCUACUACUUGUCCUCUUGCUUUGUCCUAGGAUCGGGUCAUUGGUGAAGUAUGUAGUGGUAACCACUGUUCUCUUGGGAUAUGCUAACAUCUCCAAUUUUGAAUUAUGUGAUUCACUUUGACUUUGUUUGUGCGGAGGUGCAACAUUUUAUAUUAGAUUUGACAAUUGAUUUGA